CAAAUACUAAUCCUGAGAAACUUGACAGUUGAAUUUUCUCAGAUAAGCACUUAAUACAACUCUUAUGAGUUUCAAUUAUAUAUUUAUGUUCUUAAAAUACGAUUUAUUUAAGAUACAAAUGACAAACGGAGCACGUGUCUUCUCUCUCCAGUACAGCAGGAGGCGCUCUGCAGCUCUUUAGUCCGCCGAUAAACCCACUAAAGAAAGAAAGAGCGAGCUCGCGUGUGAUGUGUUUAUGUGUAUUCUCAGUGUUUUUCUCUCUUAAAUGUUUUAUUGAGUGUAAACAGAGUCUUGUCUCUGUGUAUUUUAGUGUUGAAGAUGAUGGAUGUGAUGUGCUGUAAAUCAGGAACUGAUCAGGACUUACAGGAUGAUGAAUCUACUGAUCAAACCUCCACAGAGUCUCUGGAUUCUGUCUGUAACGCUGGAGAACAGCAGCAGAUCCUGCAGACCAAACUCAACAUGUGUUCAGUCAAACCCGUCGACUUCAUGAUGAUGAAGAUCAAAACUGAACCUACAGAAAUACAAAUUGAUCAUACAGAAAUAAAAACUGAACCUACAGAAAUAAAAACUGAACCUACAGAAGUAAAAACUGAACCCACAGCAGAUGAAUAUGAAGACACUCAUAAUGAUGGUCAUGAUUUUAUUCUCUCAGAUGUGAAGAGUGAAUUAUGUUCGUCCUCAACAUCAAAAGAGGGACUGACAGCACAAACCCAUUCUUUCAUCACCGGUGGAGAGACAUUGAGCUCACAGAUACAUUUAGAGAGAGAACACACAGAACAGAAACUCUUCACCUGCACCAGAUCCGAAAUCAGCUUUACUACCUUACAAGAGAAGAAACUUCAUUCAGAAGAACACAGAGAAAAGCAGUUUGGGAAGGAUUUUUUUACAACAACAUCUAAUAUAAACGUCCACAUGAGGACACACAGCGGUGAAAAGCCUUUUCACUGCACUGAAUGUGGCAAAUAUUUUAUUACCAAACAAAAUCUUGAUGCACAUCAGAGAAUUCACACAGGAGAAAAACCAUUCGAGUGUCCUCGCUGUGAGAUGAGGUUCAGCCACAAACAUCAUCUGAAGAGACACAUGCGUAUACACACCAAUGAGAGACCGUAUCUGUGCAGUGAAUGUGGAAAAACCUUUAGGGAUUCAGGUUCAUUAAAAUCACACCAGAAUAUUCACUCUGAAGAGAAACUCCAUCAAUGUUCACUCUGUGAUAAACGUUUCCGUCAUAAAUCUAAUCUGAUAGUUCAUCAGAGAGUUCACACUGGAGAGAAACCUUACAUCUGCUCGAUUUGUGGAGAGAGAUUUGGUUAUUUAGCAAGUUUUUAUAAUCACAAGAAGAAACAUACUAACAAACGACACUGAAAUAAUUGUUAUAUACUUAAAGAGUAACUAAACCCUAAACCAACUUUUUUAAGUUAAUGAUCUGUAAAAAUGAUGCUUUAUUAGUGCUGUUCAUUGAUUUUAGUAAGUUUUUUGACAUUUGGAUAUAAAGUGUUUCAAUACUGCAAUAUAUGGUGUAAAAACGUCUGAGUGCUGCCCUCUUCAGGUUGAACGGUGGCUACUGCAGUUGAAUUUUCCUAUUGGAUGUUGGGUCCAAAAAAUGACUCGUGACGUAAGCAGGUUCAAGCUCACCACGCCCUUGUUACGAUCUCACCACACACUUGGUACAAGCUUAGCUUGUCCCCUCUAUCUCCGUUGGGAUCUGCCCACUUUUCUUGCAUUUUCAAAUAUUGCCAGUGGGUGGAGUCAGGCUCUGACCAGGGGUUUAGUUACGCUUUAAAAAUAGACACAGGACAAUCUCUUUCUCCUAAAAAGUUUGAUAAUAAUUAUAUUAAUGCAUUUCAAUAAAUAUAAUGUUAAAGCACUGCUUUAACUACUGCUGAAUAUGUUCCUUUUUCUGUCCUUUUUUUUUGUGAAUGCGGGGGGUGGGAGGGGGAAAAUGUUUGCUAUCUGUUAUAUGUUGAAAGAUGUUAUUCACUGUAUAAUUUUAUGUGAUCUGCAAACUGAAAAUAUAAAAAAUAUAUGGUUAAAAAACAAUACUAGUCUAUAUUUUGACAAUUGACCAUAGAAUAAGCAGGACAAUCAACGGCUUACCGUGCAUUAAAGGAGACAAAAUGUUAUGCCCUUAAAAUUCUUGAACACUGCUGUGUGUAUAUAUAUAUAUGACUCCAUCUUACAGAGUGUUAAAAAGUAAAACUGAAGCGGAAUUAUUUUCUUAACAUGGAUGAUAAGUUUAACUUCUAAACAUCCGAGUCAGAACAAGUGCUCAACUAUUCCACACACGUGAUAAGGUAGACAAAUCUUCUUUCUGACGUGAUGUAAUCGCAAGACAAAUGGACAUUUAACAAAAACUUUAUCACAUUAGAUCUCUAUAGUUUGUUUUGGGUUGAAGUCACCAUUAUGGUGAUUAAUCUUUCUUUUAGUUCCUUUUGUGCCUUGACUUUCACUUAACUAACUCUUUACUUUUAACAAUUGCGACAGUGAUUUAUCAGGACCGCUGUUCAUUACUUGAUGUAGAGGAAAAACGUAUUAGGUUGUCUGAAAUUGUAUAUAUGAUAUACUUUCAACUUUAUUUUAAAACAUAAAAUAAUGAGUAAGCAGCAUGUUAAAUGUAAUGCUUUAUGCAGACACUGGUCUGAUUAAGACUGCUGUAAUGCAUCCGUCCUGUGGCAACAAGUGCUUCAAGUGAAACAAAUCUUAACAACGGUGGCAAGUAAAUGGUAAAAAAUGCAUAAUUUGGUCAUGUUACAAUGCAUACUGGGAGUUAUAAAUGAGUUUUAUACAACCCUGUACCCAACAUGCAUUGCAGCAUAAAGCUGUUGUUGUUGAUUGUCACCAUUCUUGAGUUUCAUACGCUGAUUGUUGAUGUCUCAGUGUGGUUCUGAUUAAUACCGUAGAUUUGUGUGAACUUUUUUUUUAACCCAUAAGGCUAUAUGGAUUUUUACAGCACUGUUGGAUUUCACAGGAGCAUCACAGGGGAUAGAGGCAAAAGUGAAAGAUUGCAAUGAAAAAAGAACAACCCAGUAACUUAGUUUUGGUAAACCAUUCUCUGCAAGCAUGUGGAUUUUUUGUGAUAUCGAAAUCAAAUCUUAUAACAAUACAACCCCUUAAUCUGAAUUUAGAGAGAGAGAGAGAGAAAUAUAUAAUUGACAGCACAAUUGAGUUUCAAUUUCAACAAACCACCAUUAUGGCGAUCAGUGUUUGGAUUUCAUCAGCUGAAGGAAAAUGAGAACAUUUCCCACAUCAGUAUAUCCUUUCAAUAUUAAUAAUUGCAUUGCUUCUAACAUUAUAAAGCAGUUAUGAGUAUUAAUAUUUAGCAGUUUAUCACAUAGUAUUGAAAUGAGUUAUGCUUAUGAUUGAUGGUCUUAUUUGUUGUGCAUGAUCAAAGCUUAUAUAUGAAUCCAUUGCAUCGGGCUUAUAACGUUUUACCUUUAAAGGUCAUCUUUGCAUGAAACUGUGCUCUGUGUGUUUAACUUGUUGAGUUUCAGAAAGCCAGCUCGGUGAAGAACAGGAUGUAGACAGGACUGCAGCCUACUAUAGCUAUUUCUGCUAAGGGACUUUUUAAAAGCAGAAGUGAAACUUUCCGUCUGAGGAAACCCACCCUAACUCAACUCACAUACAUAUUUGAAUUAGAGGAUUUUGCGAGUUGUUACAGUUAGCUGUCGACAGACUCGCAUUGCUUUUAUAUAAUGGACAGGAAAACUGUGACCCAGAGCUCUGUAAUACUUCAUUUGAGAUUAUUAAAUAAUUUGAUAUGA